UCAGCCGAUUAUAACUCGUCUGAAAUUACAUCCCAACACAGAAACUUCGGUUGAAAACCUUUCAGAAAAAGAUGAAGAAGAAAAGAAAGAAAGGAUUUGAAAAGAAAAAUGUAACCAUACCACCUACCUUUUAGUAGGCGGCAUAUUCUCACGGCCUAGAUGAUUGAAAGUGUUGCACGGCAAUUGCGAGGGAAAGUCAGCCAUGAUUUCCUGCCAUUUAUGACAUUUUCUAUUUAUAAUAUUUCACUGAGAGAGAGAGAGUUUCAUCUAUAAAGCCGUGCCCAGUCCCAGUCCUGCCCAGUCUUUGCCUACCUCCAGCUGCUCAUCCUAGAUUUCGAAGCACAGAUACAAUCGUCUUGUCAUCCAGAUAACCCAAAAUCCCUUUGAAUCCCACCCUUUAAGCUAACCAAUCGGUUCCUCUCUUUAUUUUUCUUUGCAAUUUGUGACUUCCACAGACCACGACCAUCUUCUUCCACCAAGUCAAGAUCUUACAUGGCUGAACUUGCCUCUGGCAUCGCAGAAAAGAUCUUGGAGAAGCUAGGAUCCCUUGCUUACGGAGAGUUCAGCUUGGUACUAAACAUCAAAAGUGAGCUGACAGAGCUUGAAGGCACCGUGACAACCAUUAAAGCCGUGCUCUUGGAUGCUGAAGAGAAGCAACCUUACAAUCGCGCGCUGAGCAUCUGGCUAAGGCACCUCAAAGAUAUUUUUUAUGACGCCGAGGAUGUGCUUGAUGAAGUUGAGUGCGAAGUUCUAAGGAAGCAAGUGCUCAGAACAUAUGGGCGCACUAGUAGAGAGGUAUGUAGUUUCUUUUCAUGUUGUAGCGCCCUUGCAUUCCGUUCUCAACUGGGUCACAAAAUCAAAGACAUUAGAGAGAGGUUGGGUAAGAUUGCAGCUGAUAAGGAUCAAUUUAAUCUCAUACCACGACUUGAAGAUGGGCAUGUGAUGCAGAGGAGGAGGGCCAUGACCCACUCAUUUGUUCCUCCUUCAGAUGUCAUCGGUAGGAAUGAUGAUAAAAACAAUAUAAUAGAUCUUUUGAUGGGCCCAGAUGCUGACAGAAACGUCAAUGUAAUUCCUAUAGUUGGAAUAGGAGGGUUGGGGAAGACAACAAUUGCUAAGUUGGUAUACGAUGAUAAACGUAUAGUUGAACAUUUCGAAUUGAGGAUGUGGGUUUGUGUGUCUGAGGAUUUUGAUGUUGCUACAUUAAUAAGAGAAAUCCUUAAAUCUGCAAGUGGUACAAUUGAUGAGAAGUUGGGUGUAGAUUUGUGGCAAACUAGUUUAAGAAACUGUUUAGAGAAUAAGAAGUUUCUACUUGUUUUAGAUGAUGUUUGGAACGAGGAUCGUAAUAAAUGGAUUGAGUUGAAAGGGUUGUUAAGUGGUGGUUCAGAGGGAAGUAGAAUUGUAGUGACAACACGUAAUCACUUGGUUGCAUCCAUUGUGAGAACUGGUUUCACAUACACUUUAGAAUGUUUAUCCCAUGAUGAUUGUCUGUCUUUAUUUGUGAAAUGGGCAUUUAAGGAAGGGGAAGACAAACAAUAUCCAAACCUCUUGGAAAUUGGGAAAGAAAUUGUGAAAAAAUGUAAAGGAGUUCCAUUGGCAAUAAGGACUUUAGGCAGCCUACUUUUCUCAAAGCUUGAGGAAGGGGAGUGGAAAUUUGUGAGAGAUAAUGAGAUAUGGAAAUUAGAACAAAAGGAGGGUGAUAUUUUACCUGCAUUAAAACUAAGUUAUGAUCAAAUGCCAUCUCAUUUGAAGCAAUGCUUUGCCUUUUGUUCUCUUUUCCCAAAGGAUUUUUUAUUCAAUAGUGAUUUCUUGAUUCAGUUUUGGAUGGCGCAUGGACUCCUUAAUAAAAUGCCUAAUAAUAUUCAAAAUCUAGAGUUUGAAGAUGUUGGCGACAUGUAUAUCAAGGAGUUGUGGUCCAGAUCCUUCUUCCAAGAUCUCAAGAAUGAACUCUGGGACUAUAGGUAUUGGUUUAAAAUGCACGAUCUCGUCCAUGAUCUUGCACUUAAGGUUGCAGAAGAAGAGUGUUCAGUAGUCGACUUUCACACCCAAAACAUUGCUCGAACCAUUCGCCAUUUGUCAUUUUCACACAAUGCUCUACAAGUUCCAAAUUACUUUUACGCGUUAAGUACUGGUGUGCGGACCACUUUGUUCCCGGCCAAACUACAAGUGCUUUCCUUACUUGAGCAACCAAUGUCGGCCUUAGUUGAAGCAUGCAUCUCAAGAUUCAAGUACUUGCGGAUGCUUGACUUAAGUAAUUCGCCUUUUGAGCUGUUGUCAAGCUCUAUUGGUAAUUUGAAGCAUUUGAGAUAUCUGAACCUAGCUUGGAAUUAUAAUAUCAAGAAACUUCCUGAUUCAAUUUGCAAGCUGUAUAAUUUGCAAACUUUACUACUUCAUGGAUGUUGGAUGCUUGAGCGGUUGCCCAAAGAUACAAGGAAGAUGAUCAGCCUUAGGUAUUUGACGGUAACAACAACUUACACCUGCUUAUUUGAGAAUGGUGUAUGCUGCUUGAAUUCUCUUCAAUUUUUGCGUAUAUCUGACUGCAUGAGACUUGAAGUUUUGUUUCAAGGGAUGGACGGGUGCCUUACCAAACUUCGGACAUUGGUUGUUUCACAUUGCAAAAUGUUGACCUCUUUGACGUAUGAUACCAAACACCUACCCGCCUUAGAGACCCUGGUCAUUGACAAUUGUGAAAAGCUUAGUUUGACAGGAGGAGAAGACGAUCGGGAUCUAAAGUUGAGCCUUCGAAAAUUGAAGAUUACAUAUUUACCAAAGUUGGAGGUUUUGCCGCAAUGGCUCCAAGGAUCUGCUAACACUUUACAGCUCCUAAGUAUUGAAGGUUGUGACAACUUCAUGGCCUUACCUGAGUGGCUGCCAAGUCUGAAAUCACUUCACACACUUGAGAUUAUUAAUUGCUCCAAAUUGUCAUCUCUUCCGGCGGGAAUGAAUUGUCUCACUGCGCUAAGAGAAUUGACGAUCGAAUAUUGUGAUGAAUUGAUUAGGAAAUGCAAAGAGGAAGAUCGGUCCAAGAUUGCCCAUAUACCAACGGUUCGACUGGUAGAUUAGCCCAAAAAUGAAGAAAUAGCCGCUUUCAUGGCAUGACUUCAGCAAGAGAUUCAGUAACUAUUAAGCCUCAAUGCAGCUUAGUCCUAAGAUAUUUGUUCCUUGAUUAUGUUGUAAACAUUUCAAUCAUUAUAGUUUGUAUUAAGAGAUGUAGACAAAUAAAUAAUUUUGUAAAAGUUAGAACAUAGAACAAUAAAUAAAUUCAGUAUCUUCUCUUGUUCGUC